AUGAAGCCCUCUCACAGCAACCUUAACACCGCCAAAUAUGAGGUCAAAAAUCCAAGAAUUGCUGCCACAAGUUCCAGACAGGUGGACUUACUGUGGGAAUCCUGGGAUAACGAGACCAACUUCCGGUACGUGGUCGUCUGGGUCUCAGCACACGACGUCAUGGAUACAGGUGAGCAAAGCGCCAGUGGGAGUGGGGUGACGGUGGGCGGCCUAACGCCAGGGACCAGCUACACCUGCACCAUCGUCACCAUACUGAGGCAGGAGUGGUUCUACGCCGAGAGAAACCUCAGCACUACAGUGCAAGUCAUUACAUACCCCGCAAGCCCAGGCAAGGUGGAUUUAGGCGCUAGUAAACUCGACAGGCCACCGUACGUUCUGCGAUUUCAACCUUCACAGGGCAGGGUAGAUAACUACGUGCUAACCAUUGAAUCCAAGCGGAAUGUAACUUUUCGAGUUACCGCCCCUGAAGUAAAUACAUCAGAUCUAGAGCCCAACACUAUGUAUCGAUAUACCAUAAAGGCUUUCAAUGCAAUUGGUGAUGAAAGCCAAGAGGCAAAAGGAACCUUUCAGACAGAUCCCAUUAAAGAUGGUGAAAAUUUUGGGAUAAUCGCUGGUGCCACUGUGGGUUCUGUUGUUGUCAUCUGUACGGUUGUGGUGGUGGUGGUGUGUGUUGUGGUUAAAAGGAGAAAACCUAAGCAUAACCCAAAGCCAGAGUAA